CGCCACACGCUCCCAGGCCAGAGAGGUCUCCGGGCUGGAGUGAGGGGCCAAGUUUUCGGAGGAGCCUGCCUAGUGUCCGCAGGGGGCCGGGCUGGGUGCUGGGGUUGGGGAGGCAGCACAAUGGCUGCCCUCGUCCUGUUGUCCGCGCUCUUACUGCUGCCCUUGCUGCUGCUGAGGCUGCGUCUCUGGCCGCAGCUGCGCUGGGUGGCGGCGGACUUGGCCUUCGUGGUGCGCGCCCUGCGCUGCAAAAGGGCUCUGCGAGCCAGUCUGCUGGCCGCAGCAGCUGCCGAUCCGGAGGGUCCCGAGGGAGGCUGCAGCCUGGCCUGGCGCCUCGCACAGCUGGCUCGGCAGCGACCCACUCACACCUUCCUCAUCCAUGGCGCGCGGCGCUACAGCUACGUGGAGGCGGAGCGCAUGAGUAACCGGGCGGCGCGCGCCUUCCUGCGUGCGCGGGGCUGGCAUCUGGGGCUCUGUGGCGGGGCCCCGGGGAGUGGUGGGGUCAACAAGCAGGCAUCGCGAGGCGCGGGGGACGCGGUGGCCGGAAGCGGCGCGGUGCCUCCAGAAUGUGGAGACGAUGGGGCGCCCAGAGGUACAGCCGCAGCCCCGCUGGCACCUGGAGCAACUGUGGCACUGCUCCUCCCCUCCAGUCCAGAAUUCCUGUGGCUCUGGUUUGGGCUGGCCAAGGCCGGCCUGCGCACCGCCUUUGUGCCCACCGGCCUACGCCGGGCCCCGCUGCUCCACUGCCUUCGCAGCUGCGGAGCGCGCGCGCUGGUGCUGGCUCCAGAGUUUUUGGAAUCCCUGGAACCAGACCUGCCAGCCCUGAGAGCCUUGGGGCUCCACCUGUGGGCUGCAGGCCUUGAAACCCGCGUUGCUGGAAUCCACGAUGUGCUGGCUGAGGUGGCAGCCGAAGCAGAUGAGCCGGUGCCAGGCUACCUCUCCGCCCCCAGCAGCCUAACGGACACCUGCCUGUACAUCUUUACCUCCGGCACCACGGGCCUCCCCAAGGCAGCUCGCAUCAGUCAUCUGAAGGUCCUACAGUGCCAGGGCUUCUACCAACUGUGCAGAGUCCAGCAGGAAGAUGUGAUCUACCUCGCCCUUCCCCUCUACCACAUGUCAGGCUCCUUGUUAGGCAUCGUGGGCUGCUUGGGCAUUGGAGCCACAGUGGUGCUGAAGUCCAAGUUCUCCGCUGGCCAGUUCUGGGAAGACUGCCAGCAGCACAGGGUGACAGUGUUCCAGUACAUUGGGGAGCUGUGCCGAUACCUUGUCAACCAGCCUCCGAACAAGGCAGAAUGUGGCCAUAAGAUCCGGCUGGCAGUGGGCAGUGGGCUGCGCCCAGACACCUGGGAGCGUUUUGUGCGGCGCUUUGGGCCCCUGCAGGUGUUGGAGACAUACGGCUUAACUGAGGGCAACGUGGCCACCUUCAACUACACCAGACAGCCGGGUGCUGUGGGGCGUGCUUCCUGGCUGUACAAGCACCUCUUCCCCUUCUCUUUGAUUCGCUAUGAUGUCACCACAGGGGAGCCAGUUCGGGAUGCCCGGGGGCGCUGUGUGGCCACCUCUCCAGGUGAGCCAGGACUGCUGGUGGCCCCAGUGAGCCAGCAGUCCCCAUUCCUUGGCUACGCGGGAGGCCCAGAGCUGGCCCGGGGAAAGCUGCUGCAGGACGUCUUCCAGCCUGGGGAUGUGUUCUUCAACACCGGGGACCUGCUCGUCUGUGAUGACCAAGGCUUUCUUCGCUUCCAUGAUCGCACCGGGGACACCUUCAGGUGGAAGGGGGAGAAUGUGGCCACGACCGAGGUGGCUGAGGUCUUCGAGGCCCUGGACUUUCUUCAGGAGGUGAACAUCUACGGAGUCACUGUGCCAGGACAUGAAGGCAGGGCUGGAAUGGCAGCCCUGGUUCUUCGCCCCCCCCACACUUUGGAUCUUAAGCAGCUCUACUCCCACGUGCAUGAGAACUUGCCGUCUUAUGCCCGGCCUCGGUUCCUACGGCUCCAGGAGUCUCUGGCCACCACGGAGACCUUCAAACAGCAGAAGGUUCGGAUGGCCAAUGAAGGCUUUGACCCCAGCACACUGUCUGACCCACUCUACAUCCUGGACCAGACUGCAGGGGCCUACCUAGCCCUCACGCCUGCCCGGUACAGUGCCCUGCUAGCUGGAGACCUUCGAAUCUGAGAACGUCCAUACCCAACGCACCCGAGGGAGGGCCUCUGAGGGGUGCGGGCUGUUGCAGUAUAUCUGGGCUUUUAUACAUUGGGAUCUUUUAUACAUUGAUUUUCAUUGUUUUAUAAUAAAUGAUGCAACAAAUUGCCAAGGGAAUUGAGAGACAUACUGGCUAGUAGGAGCCAGUAAAGAAUUAAAGUAAUGAAAAGUAGAGUGGCACAAAAAGUUAAAUAAAAAAUCAAGAUUUUUUUAAAA